ACAAAGCAGGUUCCUGCUGGGAUCCCAGAGCCAGAAGCUGCCACCGCAAGGAGAACUGACUCAACCGCCUUGGCUUUGAGCUGUCACUCAAAGGAGAGCUGACUCGACCACUUUGGAUUUGAGCUGUCACUCCAAGGAUAGCUGACUUAACCACUUUGAAGCAUUGAAAAAGGGCCAUCAUCACCAUGGUCUUUGUCGUCGUCCUUCGUCGUCAAUAGAACAACAAUGCCAGACGACCCACCACUAAUGAAGAUCAAAGACUGAACUACGAACCUCGCUGGAUCCAUGCUGGUGACUAUGUCCCUCUUGCUUCCUAUAAAGACGCCUUGCCACUUCUUUCCUAUCUUUUCUAUCGCCCUCCUUCCUUUCCCCAGAACCCUAAUUCAUAAAAGUGUCCGCCCUCCUCUUCCCCAUUUCCCUGAUUAAGAUUUGUAAUAAACUGGUCGGACCAACAUUUGAAUCGUUGCUUCUUAAUCUCACGCUGGGUAUAUAGAUAAAAAAAGAACAUCCUCUCCUUCCUAUAAACUGAAGUGAGACACCAACCCAAUCCAUUUAGAAUUCUCUAGUUCUACGACCUUUAAGGACCCUUCCAACCCAACCCAUUUAGAAUUCUCUGGUUCCAUGACCUUGAACGACCCUUCCAACACAACCCAUUUAAAAUUCUCUGGUUCUACGACCUUGAAGGACCUUUCCAAUCCAAUCCAUUUAGAAUUCUCUGGUUCCAUGACCUUCAAGGACCCUUCCAACCAAACGCAUUUAGAAUUCUCUGGUUCUACGACCUUUAAGGACCCUUCCAACCCAACCCAUUUAGAAUUCUCUGGUUCCAUGACCUUCAAGGACCCUUCCAACCCAACCCAUUUAGAAUUCUCUGGUUCCAUGACCUUUAAUGUCCGUUCCAACCCAACCCAUUUAGAAUUCUCUGGUUCCACGACCUUGAAGGACCCUUCCAACCCAACCCAUUUAGAAUUCUCUGGUUCCAUGACCUUUAAGGACACUUCCAAUAAAAUCCAUUUAGAAUUCUCUGGUUCCACGACCUUGAAGGACCUUUCCAAUCCAACCCACUUAGAAUUCUCUGGUUCUACGACCUUCAAGGACCCUUCCAACCCAACCCAUUUAGAAUUCUCUGGUUCUACGACCUUUAAGGACCCUUCCAACCCAACCUAUUUAGAAUUCUCUGGUUCCAUGACCUUUCAGGACCCUUCCAACCCAACCCAUUUAGAAUUCUCUGGUUCUACGACCUUGAAGGACCCUUUCAACCCAACCCAUUUAGAAUUCUCUGGUUCUACGACCUUUAAGGACCCUUCCAACACAACCCAUUUAGAAUUCUCUGGUUCUACCAACUUUAAGGACCCUUCCAACCCAACCUAUUUAGAAUUCUCUGGUUCCAUGACCUUUCAGGACCCUUCCAACCCAACCUAUUUAGAAUUCUCUGGUUCCAUGACCUUUCAGGACCCUUCCAACCCAACCCAUUUAGAAUUCUCUGGUUCCAUGACCUUGAAGGAAACUUCCAACCCAACCCGUUUAAAAUUCUCUGGUUCCAUCACCUUUAAGCACCCUUCCAACUGUGAGAAUGCUUCUUAGUCUUUUUUGGCUCAAAGCUUGCUUCCUGAGGUAUUUCUUAUGAUAAGACUCUGUGAGACUUGUCAAGGAGGCAAGUGAUGAGUGCUAACUGUGUGACAAUCGCUUUGGGAUCAUUUGAAAGCCCCUUCCCCCCCCAGAGCUGCUUGCUCUGGAGAAGAGCGGAAGACAGUGCUCAGCAGUGUUCACUGGCGGAACAUCUGGCCUGUGGCCAAACCGCUCCAGCUUGGUAUGGCAGGCUGGAGGAUGAUACCAUUGUAUCUUGCGAAGGCAAGAUGCAAGUUGGAGCCUCCCUGCUUCCUCUUAUCUGCUGGCAAGGCCAGAAAGAUAAGAACAAAGCAGGUUCCUGCUGAGAUCCCAGAGCCAGAAGCUGCCACCGCAAGGAGAACUGACUCAACCGCCUUGGCUUUGAGCUGUCACUCAAAGGAGAGCUGACUCAACCACUUUGAAGCAUUGAAAAAGGGCCAUCAUCACCAUGGUCGUUGUCGUCGUCCUUCGUCGUCAAUAGAACAACAAUGCCAGACGACCCACCACUACUGAAGAUCAAAGACUGAACUACGAACCUCGCUGGAUCCAUGCUGGUGACUAUGUCCCUCUUGCUUCCUAUAAAGACGCCUUGCCACUUCUUUCCUAUCUUUUCUAUCGCCCUCCUUCCUUUCCCCAGAACCCUAAUUCAUAAAAGUGUCCGCCCUCCUCUUCCCCAUUUCCCUGAUUAAGAUUUGUAAUAAACUGGUCGGACCAACAUUUGAAUCGUUGCUUCUUAAUCUCACGCUGGGUAUAUAGAUAAAAAAAGAACAUCCUCACCCUCCUAUAAACUGAAGCGAGACACCAACCCAAUCCAUUUAGAAUUCUCUAGUUCUACGACCUUGAAGGACCCUUCCAACCCAACCCAUUUAGAAUUCUCUGGUUCCAUGACCUUGAAGGACCCUUCCAACCCAACCCAUUUAGAAUUCUCAGGUUCCAUGACCUUGAAGGACCCUUCCAACCCAACCCAUUCUAGAAUUCUCUGGUUCCAUG